CGCUCAGCUUGUUCAUUUCCGUCCAAUUACUCGAACGUUAGCAACCCAGCUAACUUGCAUGUGGCCAGCGCUGUAUGUUCGUGUACUACGUGAAGAGGAUCUAGUAUCGUUCGAAAAGCCAGGCAUCUGAAACGCUAUAUACCGCGAAUCCAUAACUGCCUCACUCAGUACUAUGGAGCAUCGGAUCAAGAGGCCGGUCAAAAUCGCGAAUUGCUCAGGCGCGGCGACCGAUCUUGGUGUGCAUAUGUACAAUCAGGCAUAUUAUGGCGAUGUAGAUGUUAUCACGGGAGACUAUCUUGCCGAACUCAAUCUGGCAAGUGCAGCUGAAGACUACGCCAAGGGAACUAAUCCUGGUUGGAUUUCCUCUGCCUGGGACGGUCUCCAGCAGACUCUCGACAUUGCUCACGAGAAGCGUAUCAAAAUUGUCAUCAAUGGUGGAGGACUAAAUCCGGAAGGUCUCGCGGAGAAGACCUAUGCUUUGGUGAAGGAGAAAGGGCUCCGUCUCAAGGUUGCUUACGUCGACGGCGACAAUCUGAUGCACAAAGUCGACCAAUUACUUCAUGACAUCAAGAGUGGUGUCCUCACGCAUCUCGACCAGGAUAAUGAGGAAGUUCAACUGAUUGAAGACUCGACUUCAUUCAUGGAUCAUCCUUCAGAGAUGCCAAUCGUGUGCGCAAACGCUUAUCUAGGGUACCGUGCAAUCAAGAAGUGUCUAGAUAGGGAAGCUGAUAUCGUCAUAUGCGGACGUGUUGCAGAUGCCUCGCCUGUUAUCGCUGCUGCUGCUUGGUGGCAUUCAUGGAGUGAGGACGACUAUACUCCACUCGCUGGAGCAUUUGUAGGUGGUCACCUCAUCGAAUGCUCGACCUACAUCACAGGGGCAAACUUCGCUGGCUCGUAUAAGUAUCCCAUUCACAAGCUCAUGGAUCUCGGACUACCCAUUGUCGAGGUCGCCGCUACGGGCGAAUGUACUGUGACAAAACACGAAGCUCUCGGAGGGAUUGUAACUGUCGACACUGUCAAGUGUCAGCUUUUGUAUGAACUCCAAGGGAACAUAUAUCUAAACAGUGACGUCAAAGCCGAUAUCAAAGAUAUCGACAUCAAAGAAGAGUCUACGGAUAGGAUACAAGUCACCGGAAUCAUCGGGUUUCCUCCGCCACCAACGACUAAACUAGCCAUAUUCUAUCGCGCCGGCUAUCAAAGCGAAAUCCUUCUCAAUGCCAGCGGCUAUGCCACAGAUUGGAAAUGGAACUAUCAUGAGAUGCAAGUACGGAGAACUCUCGAAGCAUGGGGCAUCCUUUCCAAAUUCGACGUUCUCGACUUCCAGCGAGUUGGCACUCCUAUGGAGAAUCCGAGAACUCAGCUCUCCUCGACUACAUAUAUGCGCAUUUUCGCCCAAGCACGAGAUCAUUCUGUCCUAGGCAAGCUUGCGGCAGCAGAAGCUUCCAUCGGGAUGGCCCAUUUCGCCGGUAUGCAUUGGUCCACGGACAUGCGGACCGCGAUACCAAAACCGUUCUUGGGCUUCUAUCCUGCCACUAUACCACAGAGUGAGCUCGAAGAAGCCGUGAACAUCAUUGAUGCGAGCUCCAUACGGCGCUACUUGGUCGGGCCACCAUCAAAGACAGAGCCACUACAGCCACGCGAAAAUUAUGACCCGGCUGUCAUAUCGCAGAGCUUUGGACCGACUAUCAUGCGGCCACUGGGCGACAUUGCACUCGGGCGUUCUGGCGACAAAGGCGCAAACGUCAAUCUGGGAUUAUAUGUUACCCAGGACGCAUGGGAGUGGUUUCGCACCUUCAUGACUAGAGCUAGAGUAAAGCAGCUGAUGGGCGAUGACUGGAAAGAUUGGUACUUUGUAGAAAGGGUUGAGAUGACGAAGAUAUGCGCUGUACACUUCGUCAUCUAUGGGCCUCUAGGAAGAGGCAUAAGUAGUUCCAAGCUGCUGGAUGGACUUGGAAAGGGGUUUGCAGAGUACAUCAGGGCGGUACAUGUUCCGAUUCCUGUCAGGUUCUUGGAACAACAUGCCCAGGAUAGUAAAACCUUCGAGGAGUCGCUCAAGCCAGGUCCGACUACCAGGUCACACCACAUGUGA